CUGCUGAGGCCCCUGGUGCUGAGUCUCCUGCUGUUGAUGCUCCAGCUGCUGAGGCUUCUGUUCCUGGGUCUCCUGUUGUUGAUGCUACAGCUUCUAAUGCUUCCAGUGUUAAGGUUCGAGCUGCCGAGACUAUUAAUGUUGAUGAUCGAGUUUUUGAGGAUCUGAUUGAGAAUCUAUUUGAGACUUUUGCUAUUAAGGUUCAUGUUGCUGAUGCUGUAGUUGACAAGACUGUAGUUGUUGUUGAGGCUCCAGUUGUCGAGGCUCUUGUUGUUGAGGCUCCAGUUGUUGAAUCUCCAGCUGCUGAGGCCCCUGGUGCUGAGUCUCCUGCUGUUGAUGCUCCAGCUGCUGAGGCUUCUGUUCCUGGGUCUCCUGUUGUUGAUGCUACAGCUUCUAAUGCUUCCAGUGUUAAGGUUCGAGCUGCCGAGACUAUUACUGUUGAGUCUCCUGUUUUUGAGGCUCUUGCUCUUGAGACUCUUGCUGCUGAGGCUCUAGUUUUGGAGGCUCCUGUUGUUGAGGAUCCAGUUGUCCAAGCUCUUGUGGUUGAGGCUUUAGUUGUCAAGGCUUCAGUUGUUGAAUCUUCAGCUACUGAGGCUUCUGUUGUUGAUGUUUCAGCUGCUGAUGCUCUAGUUGUUGAGGCUGCUGUAAUUGAGGCUCCUGAGUCUCCUGUUGUUGAGGUUCAUGCUCCUGAGACUCUUGCAGCUCCUGUAGUUGAGGCGACAGUUGUUGAGUCUUCAGCUGCUGAGGCUUCUGCUGCUGGGUCUCCUGUUGUUGAUGCUCCAGCUGCUGAUGCUCCAGUCGUAAAAGCUCCAGUUGUUGAGGCUGUUGUUACUGAGGCUCCAACUUAUGCUGAGGCUCUUGCUACUGAGACUCUCACUGCUGAGGCUCCAACUGAUGCUGAGGCUCUUGCUGCUGAGACUCUCACUGCUGAGGCUCUAAUUGUUGAGGCUCCAGUUGUCGAGGCUCUUGUUGUUGAGGCUCCAGUUGUUGAGGCUCCAGCUGCUGAGGCCCCUGGUGCUGAGUCUCCUGCUGUUGAUGCUCCAGCUGCUGAGGCUCCUGUUCCUGGGUCUCCUGUUGUUGAUGCUACAGCUUCUAAUGCUUCCAGUGUUAAGGUUCAAGCUGCCGAGACUAUUACUUGCUGA